AUGCUGGUCCACGUCCCCGACCACGCCCACGAGGCUUCAUUUAGCAACCAGCCCUGCGUCGGCAGCAACUUUACUGCCUCGUGGGGCUACCGCGCCGACGAGGACGCAGGCAUCUUGACCCUCUUCAACCACGACAAGUCUCGCACUGCCUGGUUUGGAUGGAACCACGUCAACAACUCGACCGACCUUCCUGAUGUUGGACCCAACGCCACAAGCAAGACAGGAGGGGAAUAG